CCUUUGCCACACAUACGGAGCUUGUUUGCUUUGUGAAGCCAAUAGAUCGGUGUGCGCCCAUUCCUGAUUGAUAUAUACAUAUAUAUAUAUGGAAGAAGGAGAUAAGGCGUUCCUCCCCAGAGAACGCCUUAUCUCCUUCUUCCAUUUCUACACCUGGGGUCAGCGUUUUCGCUUAUAUCCAUAUAUAUAUAUAGGCAGAAUAACAUUACCGACAAAGACAAGGGUAAUGUUAUUCUGCCUAUGUAUCAUGCGCCGCUGUGCGGCUGCUGGUUGGGCUCGAGAGAGAGCUCUUAAGGCACAACGGAACGAGUGAGUUCCGUAUGAACGAUCGGUGAGCGCCCCCUACCACUAUAUAUAUAUAUAUAUGUUAUGAUAGUGGGCGCUCACCGAUCAGGUUACGGAACAUGCUCGUUCCGUUGUGCCUUGGGGCUCAUACUAGAACCCUCGCAGGCAGUCGCACAGCGACUAGUAGUAGAUAUAGAUGAGAUGGUACCGACAAUGGUAGAGCGUCAAACUCCAUGACCAAAGAUCCCGGGUUCGAGUCUCAAGUGAUCCACACUUGGGGUUGGGUAUGACUGGCUGAUGACGGCUAAUAAGCCAGAAAUGGCCAUUCCGGUCUCCCUUGUCUUUGUCGGUACCAUCUCAUAUAUAUAUGUAUAAUGAGAAGAAAAGGCGAUCUCGGAAACCCUUGUUUUACGCUCCUGACGUUUCAAAAGCAGACAAGCUUCCAUCGUCGGAGGUGAGUGUGCUAUCGCGCCUCACAGUAUUUAUAGGUGGGUGACAGUCAUGUCAAGACGGUUUUUUGCAUAUGAAGUCAGGGCGGCAUGGAAGAAGGGGCGGGGAGGGAGUCCUAGAACGUAUUUUCGCCGGAUGAGGGGAUGGUGGAUCAGCCGAUCCAUCCUCCAGCUCGUCGCAGGCAGUGGGUGGUGUAGAAAAACAUUUAAAUGAGCACAGGCAAUCCUGAAGGGACGAAGAAAUGCAAUUAACGGGUAUUGGCACAGGUGUCGGCCAAUCAUCGAGUCCUUUGUUGUUUUUGUAUAUUGCCCAUAGUCUGACGACCAACUAGGGGAGCAGCCUCGGUCAUCUGUGCAAUUAAAGUUAUAUUUUUCCAAAGAAUUCAAUCACUUCCAAAUUAAAUCUCUCGGGAUGCCCGUUAUGCAAUACUUAUACAUAUUAUUUCCUCUUUUACAGGUGGUGCUUUACCAAGAAAAAAUCGUCCAACUGUCACAGUAAGUACUUUGCAGUUACUAAGCAGAAGCACAACGAGUGUUUUGCAGCUCUCAAAGCUUCCACAAACUCGUAUCAAGUUGCGGGACUUUUCUUACCCCAGUGACCAGACCAUACUUUAUAUGUUGUAAAAUCAGGAGCUUGUCUUAAAUGGUCCUGAACCUCACCAAAUGCCCGGUGAGCUUUCAUCACUAAGUAGACUCGUAAGCCCCAUGUAGUUACUGGGUCUGCUCCCUCUUCUCUGACUUCCAGCCGACCGCUCGAGAUUGAUCCGACCACCUCUAAGACUUCAUUCACAGGACAUGCCCUCUACCCACGCUCAGAACUUUUUGACCUCCUUGUUCCUGCCGUCUUCCGCCUCCACUUUGGCCUAACUGUGAAAAACUUGACGACCUGGGUGCGAUUCAAACGUACAACAGCAAAGGCGAGGCUUGCGCACAGCCAACGCCCUGAGCUGCGAGGCCUCACCAGAAGCAGUGACUUCAAUCACAGUUGGAUCAAAUUGCUCGCCCAGCCUACAGCAACGAAUCCCACCGAUGUCACCGGGUUUUUCACGAUUAGGACAAAAGGAAUUAUUUAAAAUCUGCUAAGAAGCCAUUUUUUCUUUUUUCUUACCAGACAGUAUUACUAAUUUUAGCGGUCUGCGCGUAAACCCGCUCCGGAGCCCGGUACAGUUCCCCUUGACAAAGUGAAACAGGUAUAUGAAUGGCUGCUGUUCCUUUUAUGCACUUUUUUACCCCAUUGACCUUAACGGGACCUUAAAUCACGUCUCUAUUGUGAUCUCCACCGCACGCUAUUUCUGGCAAUAAGUAGUAUAUCUGUCCUUAGCCUUCGUCGUUGUGGCCAUCGCUGCAAACUUGCCUUGCAGUGCACAUUACCUUUGUUUCGGGGGAGGGGGGGGGAGAGAGGGGGACGACUGUCCUUUCAUACUGACGAAUACAGGAUUUGUCCAUGAAGUAUCUCCCUUCAUUCUAGCCCCGGGUUCACCCGGAGGAUAUGGUCUACCCCUGUAUUGGAAGUCGCACCCCGAUCUAGCCUGACGCUUUCACGGACAGCUGCGUUGAGCGGGUAGUUGGCACACCCGGGUAUCCACUUCAACUGCAGGUGGAACCAGAUGAGGGCAUUCGGAAUGUCUUUCCCUCAUCGGUGACCUUGUGUGUGUGUGUGUGUGUGCGAAGCCUGUCACCGUUAUGGUAGGGAAACCUAUCCUGUUAUUACGCGUGCAGUCCGAAGUCAGCCCUGCCUCAUCAGCUGUCGUCUCAGUCCAGUUUUGCUUAGGCAAACCGCGCAUGAGGAUGGCAGUAAAUAGGUCACUGCUGCCCAAGUCCCUCGUGCAAUUCCCAAAUCCCUAUAAUCCAGCACACGACACACGUCCUAUGGAAGUCAACAUGCGCCUAACACAAUCCCCCUGAAGCGUCGCUGUCGCGCAAAUUGUUCGGAGGCCGGCCUGGAGAGAGGCUUCUGUGUCCGAUAUUGGGUGUUUGUGCGUCAAUUAGACCGCAGUGUUCACGGACCCGGCCGAAUUAAUUGGGCUUCACCUUGGCGCCGAGCAUCAUCGUCGGAUUAAUGACCCUGUGCGGUUUUUAUGCGCCAGCGAUGUAGGCUGUCGUGUACGCAACGAAGUAGAUCCCCUACCACUGAAGAUUUGCAGGCUUUUACUAUCUGCCGCACCGAACAUGCUGAAUAAUCGCGUACACUGCGUGACCGAUCUCAUGAAAUGUUGGCCAAAAUCCUGGAAUGUGUUUCCGAUUAGGAAGGAUCACUUAAGUGGGUUGUUAUACUGAUCAUCAUGCAACACAAUCCUAUAAAAUUUCGGGCUCGUCGGGAAUUCGGCUUUUGAAUGCACUUCUUUGCGACAUCCUGCAGAAACCACACUGGGUAAAAAAUGACUACUUAAGUAGCAUGCAUUUUUCCUAUCGGUUUUCGAUGGUCUUAUAAAUGCAAACAUAUUUUACAGACAACAUGCACAAAAUAUGCUUUCUUUUGCUCAUUUGGUAGGAAAUCACAUUGUCCUUAUAUUUUAUGCCCGAGAAAGUGUAUAUGAGAUUUUUAAGACCGUGCGAUGUCCAUGCAUGCAAGACCGCACAUGUCCGUUUACUAAUGCUCCUCAUAAAAUGUACAACACAGUCUGGAUCCAUUGCAAGAUUUCCUGAAUGGUCUCUUCUUAAAGGCAUAGAGGAAUAUAUGAUUUUCCUUACGUGGAAGGCAUGCACCUUGUAGACUGAAAUCGCAAAACGCUUGUGCAAUGGCAGAUCAGGGUGAACAUUAUUCGGGAAUCGGGAAACUUUUUUUAAAACCUAAAUAUACACUUUCUUCGGGCAUAAAAUAUGAAGACAAUUUGUUUUUCUACCAAAUGAGCAAAAGAAAGCAUAUUUUUGUGCAUGUUUUCUACAAAAUAUAUUUGAAUUUAUAAGGCUAUCGAAAAUCAAUAGGAGCAAUGCAUGCUACAUAAGUAGUCAUUUUUUACCGAGUGGGGUUUCUGCAGGAGGUCGCAGAGAAGUGCAUUCAAAAGCCGAAUUCCCGGCGAGUCCGAAAUAUUAUAGGGUUAUCCUGUAUGGUGAUCAGUCUAACAACCCCACUUGAGUAAUCCUUCCUAAUCGGAAACGCAUUCCAGGAUUUUGGCCAACAUUUCACGAGAUCGGUCACGCACUGUAUGUCACAGGCAACUUUUAAUGCGGUUAACUGGCAAACUUGCUCAGUGGGCAUACCCGAAAACCGAUUGUGUCAGCGGGUUUCAUUCACUUUAGUCGGCCCUAAACGCUGUCAAAUACAGAGUUCAUACCUGUUAAACAUCAGUACAGCUAUCGAGGGUGGAUUAGGAAAAGUCCCAUCCUCUCUCCUCUUGAGUAGACGAAUUCGCCGCGAGUACCUCAUCGUCCUGACAGUCAUCCGGCCUAAUCCAUCCAUUUGCACAUCUACUUUGGCUCAACACUGUGGUCGGAUCCUCCACGACCGUUAUUACUCUCCCCCCUCCGCUACAUCCGAAAAUAACUGACUGCCUGGCAUCAAAUCUACCUCCUUUUAUCUGUCAGUACUCCCUUGAAUUACUCUGCUUUCUCUAACGUAGCCCUGGCUCCUUCUCUCGGCUCCCCACGCGUGGGCCAGCGGAUUCUGUGGAGAGGGUGUCCGUGUGGGAAUUUUCGACACUGGUCUCGUUGACACCAAUCUGCACAAUCACUUCCGUACUGUGACGAUAAAGGAGAGGACCAAUUGGACCGCUCGCUCUCGGAAACGCCACGGGGUACGAGAAUAAUCAAGUAUUACCUACUAAAAUAAUAUAAGUAGCAAUUAUUUUGUUUGUUUUACGCAACGUCCAACCUGUGGUACGAUCACUUGCAUAUUUUAGCGGCGAGAAGCUGAAGACGGGAAUCCAGCUGCCAUUGACGGACACGGCCAUGGCACCUUUGUCACUGGGAUCAUCGCAGCCACGCCAGAUGAUGUGGUCCUGCGUUGGUCACAGGAGCUUGUGAGGAAUCAAACGCUCAUCGACCGGCCACCGAGUGACAUUUGCUCGCCUCCGGGACUUGCCCCUCGC